AUGGCUGUCAUUCCUCGAAAAGUCCUGCGCCCUCGUGGUGACGAUUCGGGUCGGACAUUCUCCAUCAUUUUUGCCAUCAUCGCCUUUCUUGUUGUCCUUGGGUGUGUGAUCUGGGGCAUUAUCCUCCCGAAAUAUCGAAAGAAACGGGGCACUCGUCUGGGUCGAUAUUCAGUGACGCGCCGUUAUCCAGCUUUCAGCUCUCCUCCUCGAUUUCCGAGCCAUCCAGCCCUGCUGCGUGGGUUUCACAAACAACCUCCCAUUCCUGUCCAACGAUAUGACCCGAGAGUUGAAAGUCCUUUCCCCAACAGUCCAGCACCCGUUCACACAGCCCAUGGUACUGUCCAAGCAGACUCAGUCAAGCCAGCCGUCCAUACCUAUGAGCUUUUGACUCCACCUCAAUGCUGGCCUUCAACAAGAAAUCACAUGCAAACCAUGCCACAAAGCCACUUGCGAGCAGCAAGAGAAGGCGUAGGGGUUGACCCGCGGGACUUCACCACAUUCGGAGGGAAGCAUGAUUACAUCCUACCGGUUCCGGAACCUCUUGUCUUGAAACCAAGACCUGCAGGAAGACCACCUCCCCUGACGAGGCAACUGGACCGAUUUCCUUUGCCUUUCAGCUCCAGCCGAAAAGGAGGACUUGUCCAUCCUGCCAAACUUUUUCAAGAGUUGGAAUUGAGAAACUCAGAGUCUACUACAGACACGUUCGGAACACCUUCUCCAGCACCUCAACAUUCUGGUCAUCCGACUGCAGUAGAAAUGUUAGUGAUGAGACCAUCCGCAAACUGCCGGACCGCUCCUGGAAAUAUUCCGCGCGAGUUGCACAAACCUGAGGGAUGCAGAGGACACGAUGCGCAACAUAUUGGCCCGGUGUCAGUAACAAAUCUCCAAUCCAAGAAGUGUGACGCGACAGGAACACCAAAGGCGAAGUACCCGCGCAAGCAGGAGGGGUUGGAAAGGAUGGGUACAUUGACAAGACCAAAGACUCCUGUGUCGGAAAUCAGAGAUUGGUUCGAUCGAGCAGCGAGCAAUGCCAACAAGGAGAAAGAUCCAUCCAAGCCUUACACACCGUCCACCAAUCCCUUCACAACGCCUGGACGUACAUCGACGCCUCUGACUUCACCAACGCAGUCUGCGAAGAAGUCACAGGUUCUGGCAACACCGUCGCGGCCAAAAGGUUUUGCCCCUCGCAUCAACGCGCCAUCACACAGCCACCGGAGAACCCCCAGUUCUGUGAUCCUCCCGUCCCCCGAAAAACUCCAUGUGUUGCAGCAGGCGGCACCGAGCAAACACAAGGUAGCCAAAGGGUCUCCUGCGAAAGUUUUCAAACGGCGCUCAAAUUCGGUACGUGCCAAAAUCGUGUCAUGGUCCCAGCUACGACCCACCAAGCGAAUCUCGCGGCGUUACUCUGCUUCGUCGCUAUCGACCAUUUUCAAACCGAUCUUGAACACGACGAGCAAGCACAGCCGGGGCACGUCUAGCAUAUAUAGCCGUGACGUGAGAGAAUUGAGUUUCACAGGAGGGCUAGAUCGUCAAGGAGGAGACGUCGAGAACAACGGUCAACUUGUAUCCGGGUUGCCGGCAGGGAAGGGCAGUCACUUGCCACACAAACCAUCGGCAUCUAUUGACCAUCUGAAGUCCAAGAUUGACAACUGGGACCUUCACACAGGCGACCUGGAUGUGUCCAUGAUGCCUCGAUCAACCAUCAAACGGUCGGUUUCGGAUUCUGGGCUUCGUUGUUCGACUUCGCGCAAUUGCGAUGAACUUCACACAAGCGGGCAGGUCGCUGGCGAGAUACCACAUGAAGGUCCCCGCAAAUCCAUUCCGCUCAUUCAGAUUGGGCGAUCCAGCGACGACGUCUUUGGGAUCGAAGCAGAUGGAUUCCAACCUCACCAAGUGAGUAGAUUGAUGAACAAAAUUGGACAAUUCGAGGCAGCCCCAAUCGUUCUUGGUGGCCUGGGCCACGGCACCGCGCCAGGAGGUGGAGAGUGGAUUUGA